GUAGGACUACUCGGAGAAAAUAUUGAAAUUAAGUAUAAAAUUCACCUUAGUGUUAACCUUACAGGUACUGCACAAUAAUGUGCUAAUUUUAUCAAGCAAGCAACGUUACUUUCUGUGCGAUAGGAGUUGUGUCCUCCGCGCCAAUAGAUGGCGCUGUGCCCACGGUUUAUAAUAAACAAACAGAUGGCGGGAACGUUCGGUUGUGGUUUCAUAAUCAUAAACCUGAAGAUGGAGUCGGAGUCACAUGAGAUUACGAGUACUAGUGAUAAAACAACUUCACAAGAAGUUAAUAACGUUGUUCAGUCAUGGAUUAUUGACUAUUAUUUUGCAACAUUAUGUCGGCUUUUUAGAGAAAGGUCUUCGGUGGAGUUUCGAAAAGAACUGAAGUUAUUUGAAGGUUUAGUGGAUGAGCUCGAAUCACAUUCCUCUCAGAGAACCGUCUGUUGCUUCCUAGCCAGAGUGAUGGACGGGGAAAACCUGGAUGUCCGUUAUGAUCACGUUGCUCGAAUCACCCCCUUGAUGUCAGCUGUCCCAGUUUGGGAGUCAUUAAAGGACUUUUCUGAUCCUACUUUACAUGGAAAGAUUCAGACGCUACUGAUGGUUCAGAGUGUCUCUGUGUGUGUCAAGAAAGGAUAUGACAAAUUGGCCAAAGAAACCUUGCAGUGGCUGGAAGAACAGACAGAUGUACCAGAGAAGCUACAACGAAAGCUUGCCACCAUUGUGAACAAGAAGGAUGCAUAUGAUCAGAUCCUGAUGAACUUCAGUUUUGAUAAGCUAAUGGAGACCAUCGACACAUUCCUUGAAGCUUUCAACCAGCAAUAUGCCUCCGUUUUCUUACUCGAAGCAGCAUCAAAAGUUGUUCAAGCUCGUCAUGAGAGAUCUGAACUGGAGGAAACUGAAGAGACACCACCCAGCCUACAGUCAGACAAAUCAGAAUCAGAAAAUGAGGAACAUGAGGAUCCACUUGUGGUAAAUAUCAGACCCAAAAGAAGACUUCUUCCAAAACAAAAUGAUCCAUGGAAGCCAGAAACUGCAAAGAAAGCUCACGCCACACUCAAGAGAACCUCUAUUUGCAAGGUUUCCAGGAGAAGUAAUACCCCUUCCGAAUUACACAGCAAUAUUACUGUGUCACGCCAUUCCAGGAAGAAAUGGACUGAUGUAGAAGACAAGAAGCUGAAAGCAGGUGUGAAGAAACAUGGGGUUGGCAAAUGGAGCAAAAUCCUUAAUGACUUUGAUUUUGACAAUCGCACCACUGUUAAUUUGAAAGACAGAUGGAGAGUCCUAAAGAAACAGAAUCUUGUCUCUUGAGCUACAGCUGCCUUCUGCUUUUAAUAUUUAAAGACAUUUCUUGUAUUUCAGUUCUCAGCUGUGCAUAGUGCUUGUGCAAUAUAUAUUUAUAUUUUAAUGGUAGAUGUUUUUUAUUUCUUUAAACCAAUUUACUUUAUUUAGUUUACAACAUAACCAACAUUUUUUUACGAUGUCACAGAAUUUCAGCAGUUAUACAUGUCAUUUCACACAGCAAGUAAAAAAUGUUAGUAUUUUUUCUGAAUUGAUUAAAAGCUUUCAGCAUUAUGUUGCCAUUUAUUUAAACUGUAAGACCAACAUUUGUCCAGUAGAGGAUGCAGAUGAGUCUAGAGUAAGCUUUGUUUUGUAUUUGAAUUCUGUUCAUCUUUCACAGGAAAAAAACGUUUUUGAAAUGAUGCAGCUGUAAAAGUGAAAGUGUUGUAAAUAAAUGUGUAUACAUUUGAAAU